CUAGAAGGGACGACGUUUUUGACACUUCAUUGAUCAUGCAUUGAAAAGUUAGUGACUGGCUGGAGUUUUCAUUGAUAAAAAGUUUAAAUUUGCUAAAUUUUGCAAGUUUCGCUGCAAAUUUCUCCUCCGAGUGCAGCAAACUAUGAACAUCUAGACGCAAGAUUGGCCAAAAUGGAACUCUCGCACAGUCUGACCUUGAACGAGGAUGCCCUCAAGCAGAUCCCGGAGCAGAAGCGGCCGGUGUUUAUCUUCGAGUGGCUCCGCUUCCUGGACAAGGUGCUGGUAGCGGCGCAAAAGUCCGACAUCAAGGGCUGCCAGAAGAAGCUGGUCGAACAGCUGACCGCGCACAUCCAGGGAUCGCCGGGACCGCCAACGAGGAAGCUAAUCGCACGAUGUCUGGCGACCCUGUUUUCCGUCGGAGAUACGUUCCUGCUGUUUGAGACCGUCAACAAGUGCAAUGACAUCCUCAAGAACAAGGACGAUUCGCCGAGUUAUCUGGCGACCCGGCUGGCGGCCAUCUGCGUCGUCGGCUGCAUGUACGAGAAGCUCGGCCGGAUGAUGGGUCGUUCGUACGAGGAAACCGUACAGAUCUUGAUCAAAUCGUUGAAGAAUGCCGAGUCCCAGGUGCGGAUCGAGAUCAUGCUGACGCUGGAGAAGGUCUGCGCCGGAAUGGGCACCGCGAUCUCCAACGUGCACAAGGACAUCUAUAAGGCCGUGCGUUACUGUUUGACCGAUCGCGUGAUGGCUGUACGCGUGGCGGCCUCAAACUGUCUGCUCGAGAUGACCAAGCACGCUCCGUUCCUGUACACAACCGAACUGGAGAGUUUGGCCUCGCUCUGCUUCCGUGCGUUCGAUAGCUGCAACUACGAGGUUCGUUGCGCCGUCGCAAAACUGCUCGGUACGUUGAUCGCCUGCACGCAGAAUGGAAGUCUGAAGAACUUCACCAACAUGACAUCGUCGGCUUCCAGUGCCAAAUCGCUGCGUCCAAUUUCGCUGGAUGAUGCGCUGGGCGUGCUCAUGUCCGGCUUCCUACGGGGUGGUGUCUCGUUCCUCAAAGGAACCGGAGAAAUCAUCAAAGGCAGUUCGGGCGUCAAUCGGGAGGUCCGCGUCGGCGUCACCCACGCGUACGUCGUGUUUGUCCAAACGAUGGGCGGUUUGUGGUUCGAGCGCAACUUGCAAGCCUUUCUGGGGCACGUGCUUGACCUGGUCGCAAAUCCAAAAGCCGCCUCGUCCCACGUUGACGCAGUGUACUCCCGGAAGUGCAUCAACUUUAUCCUACGCUCGGUCAUCGGGAAAAUGCUCGGCGAGAAGGCACAAACCUCCGCGUGCAAAGAGCUGAUCCACAUCAUAGCCAAACAGAUGAACUCGAUCGAUUUUAACCCCGAGAAUGCCAAGGAUUCCAACCAGGAAACGCUGUUCAGCCAACACCUGCUCGUUUGUGCGCUGCAAGAACUCGGCAGUUUAGUGCUUCUACUUGGAACGACCGCACAAAUCCUCCUUACCGAUCAAUCGCUCAACUUUAUCGAUGCAACCUGCGCCGUUCUGGUCCAUCCGUGCAUGGCAGCUCGCCUGGCCGCCGCUUGGUGCCUCCGGUGCGUUUGCGUCGCCGUGCCCAGCCAGAUAACUCCGCUGAUUGAUCGCUUCAUCGAGGCCAUCGAAAAGAUGCGAACUUCUCCAGAUGCCAUCUCCGGAUACAGCGGUGCCCUGGCGGCCGUCCUGGGUGGUGUCCGUUACUCUCCGCUCGGAAUUCCCCACACCCGGGGCAAGGUUAUCUUCAACACGGCCGAAGAACUGCUGCGAACCGCCAGCCAAAACAGCCGGCUGUCGCUGAACCGAACCCAAGCCGGUUGGCUGCUCAUCGGAGCCAUCAUGACCCUCGGAGUCCCCGUGGUCAAGGGGCUACUGCCGCGAAUGCUACUCCUCUGGCGAAAUGCCUUCCCACGUUCAACCAAGGAACUUGAAUCGGAAAAGGCACGCGGUGACGCCUUCACCUGGCAGGUGACCCUCGAAGGCAGAGCCGGCGCACUGUCCGUCAUGUACAGCUUCCUGCUGCACUGCCCCGAACUCGUCACGGACGACAUCACGCGCCGCCUGCUAACUCCGAUCGAAAGCGCGCUGGCAAUGCUGAUCAACAUAACGUCCGUGCUCAAAAGCUACGGCCAGCACCUGAAAGCGCCGACGGCCAUGGUGCGCCUCCGGCUGUACGAAACCCUCUCGCUGCUCCCGGCGAACGCCCUCGAGUCGUCCUACACGCACCUCCUCCGCAUGCUGGUGUCGGAGUUUACGCUGACGGAGAAUCCGGCCAACACCACGACGUCGCUGCUGCGCCAGAUGUGCCACGCCGACGACUCCAUCAUCCUUGGCACGUGGCUCCAGGAAACCGACCACCGUACGAUCGAGGACCAGAUGGAACCAAAUCGGAAAGCCGAUGGUGAAUAUCUGCAACCGAACAGUGCGGCGGGAUCCGGCGCCCUGGAGCAUGACCCGUGCAGUCUGUACCGGGCGGUGGCCGGUGUCAACGGAGACCAGUGUCCGGGCCCGUUGCCGCUGGGCGUUGCCGUCAUCGACAUGUCCGUGACGCUGUUCGGGUUGAUCUUCCCGAAGGUCGCGAACAAGCACCGGCAGCAGAUGUUGGGCCACUUUGGCGAGUGCAUCAAGCACGCGAAGAGUUCGCGCCAGGAGGCUGUGCAGAUGAACAUCUUUACGGCGCUGCUGAGCGGGCUGAAGAGUCUGACCGAGUCCAAGUCCGUUAUUGGGCAGGACGAUGUGCGGAAGACCGCCACGGAGUUGAUUAUCAACGCGCUCAUUUGUGCGAAUCCGAUUCUGCGGUGUGCCGCUGGGGAAGCGCUGGGGAGGAUCGCCCAGGUCGUGGGAGAUUCACGCAUUACGGCAGAGUUGGCACAAACGAGUUUCGAUCGGUUGAAGUCGGCGCGGGAUGUCGUGACGAGGACGGGACACUCGCUGGCGUUGGGCUGUUUGCAUCGUUACGUCGGAGGAAUGGGAUCGUCGCAGCACUUGAACACGAGCGUGUCGAUUUUGCUGGCUUUGGCCCAGGAUGGAAGCUCGCCGGUGGUGCAGGUUUGGUCGCUGUAUGCGCUGGCACUGAUUGCCGAUUCCGGUGGCCCGAUGUUCCGAGGGUACGUGGAACCUACGCUGUCGUUGGCGCUGAAGUUGCUCCUGUCUGUGCCACAAUCGCACGUGGACGUGCACCAGUGUAUUGGCCGCGUUCUGAGCGCACUCAUCACCACCAUUGGACCGGAAUUGCAAGGCAACGGAACUUCGAUUAGCACAGCACGGUCGUCGUUCCUGUGCGCCGCCGCGAUUAUGCAAAGUCACUCGGAUCCGCUGGUGCAGGCCGAAGCCACGGGAUGUCUGCAGCAGCUGCAUCUUUUCGCACCUCGCCACGUAAUUUUGUCAACUUUGGUUCCUAAUCUGUGUCAGAAUCUGAGCAGUAACUAUUUGAUGCUCCGCAAGGCGGCCAUCUCGUGUCUCCGUCAAUUAACAACCCGUGAAGCGAAGGAAGUGUGCGAACACGCGUUGACCCUGGUCAGCGACGACGACAAAUUCGCCCUCUCGGAUUACGGUCUACCGGGAGUGCUGUUUGGAAUGCUGGACACCGAGAGCGACGUCGUGAUGAUCAAAAACAUCCACGACACCAUCACGUCGAUGUUGCAAAUUUUGGCCGCCGACAACCUGUCCCAGUGGUUGAGCAUGUGCAAGAACGUCCUAACGGUGGCAUCGGAAGCCGCGUUGAAUGCAGGUCCUGCCGAGGCCAUCACGGUCAAGGAAGAGCCCGAAGAUGCGGAAGACAACGAAGCCGACGACGACAACAUCGAGUUCCAUCCGGAGGACAACCAAUCCACGCAUCCGGCCGUGCAGCCACGUUGGCCAACGCGCGUGUUUGCUGCCGAGUGUGUCCGCAAGAUUAUCUCCACCUGUGAAAACGCGAGUGCGGCCCACUUCGACCUGUUGGUCGCAAAAGAAAUGCAAAUCACGAAAUCUCGAGGCGACUACCUGGUGUUGCAUCUGUCCGAUCUCAUCCGGAUGGCCUUUAUGGCAGCGACUAGCGAUUCCGAUCAGCUACGGCUCGAGGGACUCAAGACACUGCAGGAGAUUAUCGACAAGUUUGCUCGCGUGCCGGAGCCAGAGUUCCCAGGUCACCUGCUGCUGGAGCAAUUCCAAGCCCAAGUUGGAGCUGCGCUGAGACCGGCCUUUUCCGCUGAUACUCCAUCCCACGUUACGGCGGCCGCUUGUGAAGUGUGUUCCGCUUGGAUCGGAUCCGGUGUUGCGCGAGAUCUCAACGAUUUGCGACGGGUUCACCAGCUGCUGGUGUCGAACUUGAGCAAACUGAACGAUAAAACUUCCAGCACUCAGCUGUACAACGAAAGCAUGGCCACGCUGGAGAAACUAAGCAUCCUGAAGGCCUGGGGACAAGUGUACAUCAUGGCAAUGAUGGGAAACGGAACGGCACCGGCUAGUCUGAUGCUGAAAACGCUCUCUUCCUCGUCGACCAACAUGGCACCGAUUGCAAACGAGCUGGACGAAGAAUUUGGCGAUUUCGAGAGUCGCGGAGAAAGUCUGCUGUCGUUGGUACAACCCGAGCUGGACAACCUUUCAACGCACUGGCUGGCCGCCCUCAAGGACUACGCCCUGCUCUCGCUACCCACGGAAUACGCUAGUCAGCUGCCGCACGACGGUGGAUCGUUCUACACAAACGACACCAUGAAUCUGGCCAAACCGCACUACUUGACGUCCUGGCCACCGAUCCUGUACGCGGCCGCCCUAUGGCUCAAUGCCGAAGGAUUUGCACGGAGUGAAAAUGAAGCCUCUGCGGCCACGGAAGAGGACAAGGCAAACGCCAACGACGUUGACAGCAUCAAAGCCAUAGACAAGAUGAAUCAGAACGUGUCCGGCGGCGGCGGAACGACCACCUCCAGUGCAAUCUCCCACGGCAGUUUGAGCGCCGACCGGUUCCACCUAAUGUUCGGCAUUUGCAUGGAAGCCCUCUGCAGCACUAGAACAAACGAAAAGCUGGACAGUGUGAUUGCCUGCCUGCAGUCGCUGUACACGAUGUUUGACUCCAAGUGGUCGCGACUGAUGCUGACCAAGAACAAGUCGCUUCCCGUUGAGCUGUGUAACGUGCUUCACCGGCUCAUUUUGACCCGGGACAGCAUCGAGGUGCAGUACCUGUGCAUUUUGAUCCUCAAACAAACCAUCACUGCGGCGAACGAAUCUCUGGAAGUGGAAAAGCAGGACAAACUAGCUGAAGAAGGGGCCACCAACAAGACGGACAACGGCAACGAUGAAAAUCCGGACAUUGAUAACCUCGGCGAGGGCGGUGAAGAGGGGGAGAUCCUGCCCGGAAAGUCACACGUCUACGCAGCGAUGGAGGUUGUUUUGUGCUUGCUGGCGCGCCAAAUUCCAGCGAUGAACCCAUCGCAAAGUGCGCGAGUCGCCAACGAACAGCUGCAACGACAGGCGAGAAACGGGCUCUUCAAACUGUCCGAGGACAACAGCCUGCUGGUAGCCAUCGCCAUCCAGAGCAUGUCGGACCUCACGAAACUGUGCUCGCCCACAGGCGCCGUUUCAAUCCUACCGACAAUGCUGUACCUCACGACCGGUGUCAUCAAGGAGGUGGCCACCAAAUCCGCCAACGACGAAACGAUCAUCGCCAACUCCAGCGUCAUUCAGGCCGCGUUGCAGCUGCUGAAGCUGCUGGCCACGGAUCGCUACAGCAAACACGAAGCGUCCUGUGACGAGUGGCGCAAGCUGCUGCAAAGUGCUCUCGGAAAAAUAAUCGAUCUCACCAAGACGGGCUCGGACGAGACCAAGCUGGACGAGGUCACCAUGAUGCUGGCGAUUGCCGUGUUCCUCCUGCACACGCCGUCGGCGCUGGUGUCGGUGCCGAAUCUGCAGUAUCCGUGCAUCAACCACUUCCGGCAGGGCUUCCUGAACGGGUCGCCGAUGGUGCGGCUCAAGUGCGUCCAAACGAUGCGCUCGAUCUUUGUGAACGCGGACCUGAAGGUGUCCACGCCGUACAUUCACGCGCUCGCACCGCGGCUCAUUGAGACGCUGUUCGACGAGGCGAAUCGAUGCCCGCAGAACGACGUUGAGCUGGCCUGCAUUUUGGAGGGGAUCACUACGCUGGAGGCGCUGAUUACGUUGGCCGAGCCACAGAAUCAGGAAUUAAUGCAAGGCAUCCAAAUGCUCACCCUGCUCGUACCGAUUCUCAUCAACUACCUGCUCGAGCCGGACCAGCUCCGGGCCCGGCCGAAGCAGUGCGUCCAGCUGCACGAGCAGUCGCUCCAGUGGCUGAUGAAGAUCGGUCCCAAGUACCCGCACGAGUUUAAAACCUUCAUGGGCCAAUCGCCGGAGCUGCGCGCCCGGCUGGAGUCGGCCAUCAAGCGUAACCAGGCAAGCAGCCAGAUGCAGGCGAAGAACAAGAGCGAAGCGGCGGCCCGCGCCAGCGUCAAGGAGCAGCAGAAGCCCACGAUACAGCUCAAGACGGACUUUAGCAACUUUGGCACGACGACCUAAGGAAAGGGUGGGCGCGCGCAACCGAAUAUUAUGCAUAUAUUUAUGGAACAAUCUAAUUGAUAUCUAACAGAUUAAUAGGAAUUAUCUUGAAACAAGUUCUUAAUUAUUAAACGCCUAAUCAAGUAGCAAAACCGUAAUUUGACAAGUGGAAUAUAAUAUCGGCUGUUUAUUUCCUGCAUGUUUUAAAAGGACUUCAUCCUACCAGGUACUAAAGCAAAACUCUGUAGAACUUUAUUUACAUCCUAUUAAAAGCUAACUUUACUGUUGAAAACAAAAUCCUGUAAUUCUGCUGAACAAUAAAGUAUUAUACUACUAUUAUACUCAUACUCACCUA